AUGGGUGUCGGCCAGACUGCCAACGGGAAACCAGAAGCAGGUGUUGGCCGGAACACCAAUGGGGAAUCAGGAACAGGAGUCAGCCAGACUGCAGCGGUGGAGCCAGUAUGUGUGCCACUUCUGGCCAUAUAUUAUGAUGGUCAGGAGGACCUCAUGGCAGACUACAGGCUGAGGCGCCAGUCCAUACAGGCAUUGAUGAGGAUCCUGCCAUCAAGGCGCACACAGGGCUGGCCACAUGAGGUACACAUAUUGUGUACCAUCUACUGGCUGACGCAUGGCCUAUCAUACAGUGUGGUGUCCCGGGCCUUCAAUGUCCCCAAGUCAACAGUCUGCAGAAUGGUGCACACUGGAGUGGAGAAUAUUGCAGCCCUACGUCAGGAGGUCAUCAGACUGCCCGCCCCUGGAGCACUGGAUGCAGUUGGCCAUGCAUUUGCACAGCUGGCCAACAGCCCAGUGUUCUCCGGGUGUGUGGGCGCCAUCGAUGGCUGCCAUGUCUGCAUCAAGACCCCCCCAGGACCUGGUGGCCAGGAUUACCUCAACAGGAAGCUCUUCCCAUCCAUACAGUUGCAGGCUGUAUGUGAUGGGAAGGGCCUCUUCAUCAACACCUUUGUGGGGUAUCCUGGCUCCGUCCAUGACACCAGAGUCCUGAAGAACAGCAGGAUCUACAGCGAGGCUCUGUAUCCACCCGCAGGGUACUUCAUUGUGGGUGAUGGUGGCUACCCCUGCAUCGACCGUCCUGUGGCCAUCAUCACCCCAUACAGGGAACCACUGCAAGGGAGGGUGCAGAGCCGCUUCAACCACCAUCAUGCUAAGGCCCGUUCCAUCAUAGAGCGGGCCUUUGGCAUGUUAAAGGUGCGUUGGAGAUUGCUGUUCUUCAGGGCUCUGGAGGUCGACCACACCUUUGUCCCCUCAGUCAUCACCGCCUGUGCAGUGCUCCACAAUAUCUGCCUCACAGCGGGGGACAUCCUGGAGCCAACCGAAUUGUUGAGUGAUGCCACUGCAGUUCAUUUGCACAUUACCCUGUAG